UACUGAUUUGAGACAGGUCCGGUUCUGGUUCUGCAGACAUGGUGUGGUUCCAUCAGGGCCGAGGUUCUCCCGGACUCGUCCUGGUGGUGGUGUGUGUCGCGCUGCUGCUCGACAACAUGCUGCUGACAGUGGUUGUUCCUAUCGUUCCGACGUUCCUCUACGCCAUGGAGCAUCCUGAACCGGGUCCACAAACCACCCAGCUUCCACUACUGCCUCCACCCAGUGUCAGCACACUGAUGCAGGCUUCAGAGCCACAGCAGAACCCACACCUACCUCCACUGGUGUCCCUGUUUGAUAAUACCACCUUCAGCCUGCUGGGGAUCCAAAACACCCUUACUGGAUCAGUGGGUCAGAUCGGGCCCACCACAGAACCUCGGCAGGCCAACGACACCAGCAACAGUUCAGACUCCUGUCUGCAGGACAGUGUUUUCUUGGAGGAGGAAAAUGUUCGAGUUGGUUUGUUGUUUGCCUCCAAAGCUCUGGUCCAGCUGCUCAUCAACCCGUUCGUCGGCCCUCUCACUAACAGGAUCGGCUACCACAUCCCCAUGUUUGCAGGCUUUAUCAUCAUGUUUGUGUCAACUAUCAUGUUUGCUUUCUCAGGAAGCUACGCUCUGCUGUUCUUCGCUCGCUCUCUUCAAGGAAUCGGAUCAUCCUUCUCCUCCGUAGCAGGUCUUGGCAUGUUGGCCAGUGUGUACACAGAUGAUGAAGAGAGAGGUGUGGCUAUGGGCAUUGCACUGGGAGGACUGGCAAUGGGAGUUCUGAUUGGAGCUCCGUUUGGCAGUGUCAUGUAUGACUUUGUGGGGAAGAGUGCCCCCUUCCUGAUCCUGGCCUUCCUGGCUGUGUUUGAUGGAGCGUUGCAGUUGUGCAUCCUGCAGCCUUCGAAGAUCUCUCCUGGGAGUGUGGAGGGACCGCCUCUAAUGACUCUAUUAAAAGAUCCAUACAUCCUCGUCAGUGCCGGAUCGCUCUGCUUCGCUAACAUGGGCGUGGCCAUCCUGGAGCCAACACUGCCCAUCUGGAUGAUGCAGACCAUGUGCUCCCCGAAGUGGCAACUUGGUAUGGCCUUCCUCCCAGCUAGCGUUUCGUACCUGAUUGGAACGAACCUGUUUGGAGUUUUAGCCAAUAAAAUGGGACGGUGGCUCUGCUCCAUGUUGGGGAUGUUCAUCAUUGGCAUCAGUCUGCUGUGUGUCCCUCUUGCCACCAGCAUCCAUGGUCUGAUCGGACCAAAUGGAGGUCUUGGCUUCGCUAUUGGAAUGGUGGACUCCUCCAUGAUGGCCAUCAUGGGUUACCUGGUUGACAUUCGCCACGCCUCUGUCUAUGGCAGUGUCUACGCCAUCGCUGAUGUGGCGCUGUGCAUGGGCUUCGCCAUAGGACCAUCCAUAGGGGGUUCUCUGGUCCAGGCCGUGGGUUUCCCCUGCCUCAUGGUGUUCAUUGGAGUAAUCAACAUCCUGUACGCUCCGCUCUGCUUCCUUUUACGUAGCCCAGCUGUCCGAGAGGAGAAAAUGGCCAUCAUUGACCAGGAGUGUGUGAUGCACAGGAAGAACUACAACACACACCAGGACAGAUGUGAGUUGACUCUGAACGACUGCAGUGAAGAAGAAACUGACGAGUGACACAAAAGCUCCGCCUCCUGACAUCGUCUUCGUUUUACUUUUAUGGUUACACUUCCUGUCCUGUCUGCACGGCUGCUACCGACUCUUUUCAAACAUCCCUGAUAGUUAGGUUGCAAAGCCGUGUGUGUGUGUGUGUGUGUGUGUGUGUGUGUUGUGUCUUCACUAAAUCUCUUGUCUAACAUACACUUUGGUGAGUUUCUGAUUGUGAACCAAAAUAAAAAUGAAUGAAUUCAAAGAAGCUGCUGAUGGGUUGGUGGUAAAAUGUGAUGAUGUCAUCAUCUAAUCAAGUAAAGUCUAAACCAAUGAAAGUCUUCAGGUGUGUUUUAUUAAUCAGCUGGUUAAUAUUAAGCAUUAUUUUAGUCUUCAAAUACAGUUAAACCUGUCAUCUGUCAACAAAACGUUUAACAUUUACAACCAAUCGACAUUCAGCUGACGCACACACACACACACACACACACACACACAUUUUUUCCCUUUCAUGUGGACACUGCCUUUUAGUGGCCCUAACUCUGCCCAUUUGGUGGCUUUUAUGUAGACUUCUCCCUGGAGCGCCCUCCACAGGAAACUCCCUGUGGUGCCACAAAAAGAUGGAAGUGUGUGUGUGUGUGUGUGUGUGUUAAUAAUUUCCUCUGACAGCAGAUCACAGCAGCUUCAAACUGCAAGCGUUUCCUACUAGCUGCUUUGAAAUCCGAAGAAACGCUCUGCAGGACCAUCAAAGGUGUGGAGGUCCUUUGUGUCUGAGCUCUGAUGUGGUUUUGUUUGUGGACCUGAGCAGGAAACGCUUCAGCCGUUGGAUCUGGAUUCGUGCUGCUGAGUCAAUAAGAGGUUAGAAAUCAUUUAAACGUGUGUAGCGGCUUUAAUCUGCGGCUAAUAUCACCACAAACACACACAUCCCUCUGAUGUCACUCUUGACUCAACAUCUGGAGCAGCUGCUCUCCGUUUUUACUUUUAGGUUCUUAAAACUCUUUAUUUUCUGAGUCUCAGAUCCGCUGCUGAUGGACCGAGUUGGGCGUCACGGGUCGGGUCGUCUCCACUCUGCAGAACCGGAACAAACCAGAGCUGAAUCCGGAGCAUUAUGGAGAGAGUUUCCACGCACAGUGAGAUGAAACGAUGCACAGAAAACACAUAAAUAGCCUGUUUUUGGUUCUACAACCCACCAAGGUGCUUUACAACAUGCCAGUUAUUCACUCACUGGUGGUGAUGAGCUAC